GAGAGAACAGUUCACUUAAAUGCAGCUGCAGUAUUUUUGUGUGAUACCUGUCAGAAUCAUUCCCAGUGCGAGGUUGGGUUUGUGACCAUGAUGUCAAGACUUGUCUGUCUUCUUUUCUGUGGAUAUAUUGCACUAAACCUGGGAAAUGCUCAGAAAUUGCCAAGAGUGAAAAGGCAGAGUCUGAAGGUUCAGAUCAAUGCAACAGAUGACACCGUUUGCAUGAGAUAUCUCCGACCAAGUCAAAACACCAAACUAGAAGGUUUUGUCCUGGGUUAUGGAAGCAACUUCUUUUCUAAUCAGUACAUUCCUUUACCUUCAGAUGGAAAAAACUAUGUAACAGAACUUGAUGCAGAGCCACGGUAUUUGGUUUCAGUAAGACCAGCACGUGUUUCAAACAAGAAAUCUUGUUCAGGUCGGACCAAGACACAAAAGCCUCUGCAGCUGGUAGUUGGCACCCUCACCCCAACCUCUGUGUUUCUCUCUUGGGGCAUCCUAGUCAACCCUCAACAUGACUGGACAGCAACAAGUAACUGUGCUAGUGACAGGUUCUAUACAGUUCGCUACAGAGAAAAGGGUAAAGACAAGAAAUGGGUUUUUCAGCUCUGCCCAGUUACAGAGACUGUGAUUGACAAUUUGAAGCCAAACACACAGUAUGAAUUUGGAGUUAAAGACAACGUAGAGGAUAGUAUUUGGAGCAAGACUUUAAAUCAUAAGACAGUUCUCUCUAAUAAAAAAGUAAAUGGGCAAUUCCAGAAUAUGUACAAGUUGGUACCCAAUUCCCAAACACAGCUUAUACUGAGUGAUAAUAAGAAAUUGGUCCCAGUCACAAUAAUCAAACAAGUUAUUCAAAAUCGGACGCAGCCAAAAACACCAGACAGUUCUUCUCUCCCCGGAGCAAUAUUAGUGCACCUUAUUGUUCCAGGCCUCAAUGAAAGUCAGCAGAAACUUUCUCCUCUCCUCACAAUAGAUGGCUUAUCUCCAGCAUCCAGGAAAAAACUGGCUCAGAAUGAAACUGGAAUAUGGCCUGCUGAAUCCAAAACACCAGAAGUUCAAGAAAUCUCCCCACAGUCCCUUCCAGCUCAGGCUGAGAAAACACAUGGACCUGAAGAAUUUAAAUCAACGCCUAAACCCAAAUUGGUGCAAACUCAAAACAUACCGGCUUCUAAUGACAUACAGCUACUUCCUUCUGGAUCCAGAAUCUCCGAUGCUCCAAAAACUCCAUUGACAGAUCGUGCUACUCAGAGUCCAGCCUUGAAACCCAUAACUCUACCUUCUGCAGAAGCCAGAGAGAUGGAAAUGGAUUUAGGUGAAAGGAAGACUCUUCCUUCAAGAUCCACAACAUCUGGCAUACCAGAAAUGCCACCAAUCUCAUCUGCACCCAAGAGACCAGCCCUGGAAUCGACCUUGUCUGCUUCACCAGAAACCACAAGGAUGGCUACUCGAAGACCAAGGCUGAAGUCCACCACUCCUUCCUCCCUGGCAACCAAGCAAACUGUGAUGGCCUCCCAUGACUUUCUUCAUGUUACUUCCACUCCCCAAACUUCCACAUCUGCAAAAAUGUCAGAUCGAGAGACUGCUACCCAGGGACCAAGCCUGAAAUUCACUUCUCAUCCCUCCACGGAAACCAGAGGGAGCAUGAUUGCUUUGGAUGAAAAUCAGCACAUUUCCUCAACAUCUGAAACAUCUGGCAUUCAAGAAAUGCCAUCAGCUGUACCUGCUCUCCCAAGACCAGUCCUGGAGCCCACAACUUUUCCAUUCCUGAAAACCACGAGGACAGUGAAGGUUACUCAGAGACCAAAGCUGAAACCUACUUCCCCUCACUUUGCAAGGCAAGGAACAGUGGAGGCACCCAAGAGACCAGCCCUGGAAUCGACCUUGUCUGCUUCACCAGAAACCACAAGGAUGGCUACUCGAAGACCAAGGCUGAAGUCCACCACUCCUUCCUCCCUGGCAACCAAGCAAACUGUGAUGGCUUCACUGGACUCUAAUCAUAUUACUUUCCUGUCCCAAACAUCUGCAUCUGCAGAAAUAUCAAAAAUAGAGACUGCUACAAGUUCAGCUGACCUGGAAAAAUCUAUGCCUUCACUUUCCAGAACACCUCACGUGUUAACAACAACUACGGUUUUCAGUGAUAUUCAACCUGUUUUUUCAAGCCCUGUGACACCUAGUAAGCCUGAAAUAGCAGGUCCUGGACCAGCAGCAACAAGUGAAUCCAUUCUGGAAUCUUUCACACCUAAAACUUCUCGUCCUUUUCAAUGGCCAAGGGUAACAUUAGCUCCAAAAGAAAUACUACCACUUAUUCCUUCUAAACUGAAACCAUCUGCUACCCCAGAAGUACAGGAUGUGAAACCUGCUCCUAAACCACCACUUUUGAAGCCUAAAACUUCUCAGACUGUUGAGCAACCAAGAGCAACACUAGCUCCUAAAGAAGCAAAACUCACACCUUCUGCAUCUAAACCUAGACCAUCUACCAGACCCAAAAAGCCACGAACUAAGCCUGCAGCAACCAUUCCAGUGUCAGUCACUACUAGGAGUCCCUACACAUAUGAACGUCCAAAGACUGCAGAGGUCUUGGAUCCUAUUAGAAUUGAACCCCCAAGGCCAACGAUAGCUCCAAGGGAGACUCAACGUGUUCCUUCCAAACCUAAAACUUCACCCAAACCUCAUAUCCCACAAGCCAAAGAUGUCCUGGAAUCCAUAACAUUUAGAACUGAUCAACUAAAACCAACAAUAGUCCCUAAGGAACCACACCGUGUUCCUUCCAAACCCCGAACAUCACCAAGCUCAGAGAUGUCACAAACAAAACCAGUUCUGGAACCAAUUAAGUUUAGAACUGAGAAACCAAAGUCAACAAUAGCUCCUAAAGAUACACGUCCAGGGCCUUCCAAACCUAAAACUUCACCCAGUCCACGUGUUCCUCCAACUAGAGCAAGUCCAAAGGAAAGUCGACGAGUCCCUUCCAAGCCCAGGGCAUCACCAGCUCCAGAUGUACCACACACAAAACCUGCUUCUAAAGAACCACAAUAUAUUCCCUUUAAACCUAAAGCAACUCCCAUCCCAGAUGCUCCACACAGGAAGCCUGAAAUCUUUCCAACUUUUGGUGAACCAGACACUACUAUGAUUCCUCGUAUUCCUGAAAGAACAAAGGCAACAUUGGCUCCAACUGAAAAACAGUUCAUUCAUACCAGACCAAAAACAACUGAAAAAUCAAGAGUGCCACACACCAAACCUGCAAUACAUCAGACAACUCCACAACCAAUUAUUACAAAAUCUUCUACUACUACUGGGCAUUCAAAGGCAACAAUGGCUCCAAAAGAAACACUGCUCAUUCCUUCCAAACCCAAAACAUCUGUCUGGCCAGAAGUACCACAAACUAAACCUGCUCCAAAGGCAACACACCUGGGAUCAAUUAACCUUGUUACAGUUCAUGUUGUUGAUGGGUCCAAAAUACCUUUGGUUCCCAAUGAAACAUACCACAUUUCACCCAAGCCAAAAAUUGCUCAAGCAACUGAAAUUCCAUGGUUCAAUACAGCACCUCAUAAGACACGUCUCCCUUCCGCAAGACCAAAACCGUCGGAUAAAUCACAGACUAGACCUGUUUUUAGUAAAACCACACUAGCACCAGCCAGAACAAAAGCACCUGGACUGCCACAGUGGAUUGCGCCAACAACAGGUGAUAUGUAUAUACCUGAGGAUAUUACCGAGCAAGUUGCUGUGGAUGUAAAAAAACCUUGGGAAUAUAUUGAUACCUGGGAAAAGCCUCUUUCUGUAACUACAUCACCUGGACCUCAGCGCCCUCCUAUACCUCCUGCCAAGCCUACACAAAUGAGAAGAAAACCUCUGCCUCCAAACACCGUGACUGGUAAACCCGGGAUUCCAGCUAAACCUGCUGGACCAACACUGCCUGUGAGGACAGGAACAUCAUAUAGGACACCAACAGCUUUUGCAACUCCAGAGUAUUAUGUGGAUGCAACUGUCUUCAGCUCAAGUCCUACAUCAGAAACAGAUUCUUCAGGCAAACCAAGGUACCAAGCUCCCCAUGUCAAGUACAUGAAGAAAGACGAUGAUGUGCCUUGCUCUAUCACAAGCUCUCUUGAACAUUUUCCUCAAGAAGAAGCUGGAAGCAAGGAAGAACCCACUCGUCCUCCACAAAAUCCUCCAACCAAUCUCACAGUGGUGACGGUUGAGGGCUGUCCAACCUUUGUCAUAUUGGACUGGGAAAAACCAGACAAUGACACUGUUACAGAGUAUGAGGUUGUGUCAACUGAAAAUGGAGGAAGUGAUGGUGAAAAGGAGAAAUCAAUUAUCACUACAAAUCAAACCCAUUCUACUGUGGAAAACCUAAAACCUGACACAAGUUAUGAAUUCCACGUGAAACCUAGAAACCCUCUCGGUGAAGGUCCAAGCAGCAAUGUUGUGUCAUUCAGUACUGAAUCAGCGGACCCAAGAGUGAGUGAGCCAAUUUCAAUGGGAAAAGAUGCUAUCUGGACUGAAAUCCCAUUCAAUUCAGACACAUAUUCAGAAUGCAAAGGCAAACAAUACGUCAAGAGGACCUGGUAUAAGAAGUUUGUAGGUGUGCAGCUGUGCAAUUCUUUGAGAUACAAAAUAUACCUCAGUGAUUCACUUACAGGAAAAUUUUAUAACAUAGGAGACCAGAGGGGCCAUGGAGAAGAUCACUGCCAAUUUGUAGACUCAUUCUUAGAUGGAAGGACAGGACAGCAAGAAGAUCUACCAGUCAAAGAUGGAUUUUUCAGGGCAGUUCGUCAGGAACCUGUCAAAUUUGGAAAAAUAGGUGGGGAGACUCAAAUUAACUACGUCCGCUGGUACGAGUGCGGCACAUCAAUCCCUGGGAAGUGGUAGAUGCGACACGAAGUUGGUGAAGAGGCCCAGCAUGUGCCACCUCCACCCCACUGCCCCAGGCUCAAGGACGGCAAUGCUUACGGUGUGCCUGGCACUUCAGUGCCUGCUCGUGUGCCAGGGUUUAUACAAGUCUAAUGCCAAUACUGCAUUCAUUGUGUAAUAGCGUAGGCUGCUUACUGUAGUUAUCCAGUUUUACAAAUUUGUUUUUAGAUUAAAAACACAAACAGGCUAGGGACAUGCUGUAGGAUAAUGUAUAGGGAAGCUGGCUCCCUAUUCUUGAGGUAUGGUUUAUAUGGUAUUUUAAAAGAUACGGUGUGUCUAUUAUUUAUCGUGAUGUUGUAAUAAAUGUUUAAGGCACAGAUAUGGCAGAGUUGGUCAUGGAAUGCAAUGUACGUUAGUUUUUAAAUAUUUCCUGGUCUUCUUGUAAUGCAAGUGCCAUAAGCUACCUGUCCAGAUCCAUCUGUAAUGUCUCCCAGUCAUAAAUUAUAGAAAAGAUCCUACAAUUUUUAAUAUCCUGCAGCCAGUAAACUUGAAGCACUUUCUUCUUACACGUACAGUUUAUACUCCUGCCAAAAUGCUGAGGUAGGUUGCUAUAUGUGCAGCUUUAAAUUAUCAAAUUGGGGGGGGGCAUCUGUUUGUUCUCGAAUGCUUCAACUCCAGCAAAAGCCAUGUUUGGCCUGUCAUUAUGGAGUCAGAGCUGCUGCCCAUGAGUGUGGCGGUGGCUGGCGGGUGGGUUUGGUUUUCUCUAAUUAAAGUGGACAGGUACAUACAUACAUGGAAUGAAACAAUGAAACUUGGCUUCCACAGCUGUCUUCAGACACUGAGACUUACUGGUUCAAAAGCCAAAUGUAUGUACCAUGCAGGGGAACUUGGAAAGACAAAUGAGAGAGGAAAAAAAAUAAGCUAGUUAUAACAGCAUGAUCAGGUUUAUUUAAUUUAAGAAGAAAAAUUGUGAUCUAAAACAUUUUUCAUUGGGGACAAAGGGGAAAUAAUGAUAACUGAACUUUAAAACUGCUUUACAGUUACUUUGAUUAAAACCUCUCCCAAAGCUACUUGUUGUACUGCUUGAACAUUUAUGAACUAAAUAAAGAGAUGUAGGGUUUUUUUUAAA